CGGAACCGCAUUUUUGCCGGUGUUUUGAUCUUGCUUGUCAUUUACUCAUGCAACAACCUUCUGAACAACUAUUUCGAAUUAAAAAAGAUGUCAGCCGUCUCUUUGGAAAUCUCUGUCUGCAGACAGUUUUAACAGACAAAGAAUUCCAAGGUCAAUUUAGCUUUAAACAGAUUUGCUCUGGCAGGAACAAUGGUGGAUUCUGCAGAUUAAAAAGUACUGCAAAAUUAGUGAGACCUGGGCUAUACUUGACUUGGUUGUCACAACUUUCUGAUAACCAUAGAAGCAAAAGUGGUUUUGAAGCUACGACAUUAAGACUAUGUCCAAUUCUCCUAAUGAUUUGAUGAGGGAGAGUAGUGUUGUCAACAUUGAGCAGCAAAGGCAAGAGGAAAGUACAAAUUAUGUGAGGUUGGGGUUGUCAGAAGAAACAGAGUCUGAUGAGUUUAUAAGACGGCCUGUGCAAAAGUCCAAGUUUGUUUCAUUAUUGUGGUGGACCAAGGUCCUCUCAUUAUUUAUCAUUAUAGUGGUAUCUAUUGCUGCCUUUGUUAUAUGGGGUGUUCCAUUCCUUGUAGAGAAGGUUGUCCUACCACUUAUGAAAUGGGAGGCAUCAACCUUCAAAAGGCCUGUUCUCGCAUUUCUUCUUACUGCCACUAUGGCCAUUUUUCCUGUUUUCCUGCUACCAUCAGGGCCUUCCAUGUGGUUGGCAGGAAUGAUUUUUGGUUACGGCCUUGGAUUUCUGAUAAUAAUGGCAGGAACUACAAUAGGCAUGGCAUUGCCUUACUUCAUUGGAUCACUCUUUCGGAAUCAAAUAAAUAGAUGGCUGAAAAGAUGGCCUAAAAAAGCUGCAGUGAUAAGGUUAGCAGGAGAAGGUAGUUGGUUUCGUCAGUUCCAAAUUAUUGCGCUUGUGAGAGUAUCACCAUUUCCAUAUACUAUUUUCAAUUAUGCUGUUGUUGCCACAAAUGUCAAGUUUGGCCCAUACAUUUGUGGGUCAGCUGCUGGAAUGGCACCAGAAGCCUUAAUUGCCAUAUAUAGUGGCCUCCUUUUAAAGACAUUGGCAGACGUCAAAUAUAAAAAUCGCCACCUAACCCCUGUGGAGAUUAUAUAUAAUGCAAUUUGCUUUGUCGUAGCUGUUGGUACUGCAAUUGGCUUCACAAUAUAUGCAAAAAGAGCUUUACGAAAUAUGCAGGAAAGUGGUGAGUCACAUGAGGAGGUGGUUGAAAAUGGUGGGUCUAUCAGUUUGGUAGAAGUGGAGUCAGUUUCAGCAAGGUACUCAAAAAGUUCUACAAUGGAGAGCUCUAGGAAUGAUUCUACAAAUGUACAAAAUUGAACAUACAACUGUGUUGGCAUGGAUCUAAAGAAUUAACUUAGAGAUAUAUACAUGUAACUAAGGUGGAAUGCAAAAAGCAGCCUCCAGUAGGCAUUUCAUACCUUUUACAGGUAUUGCAGUGAUGCUUGCUUAAUGCAGAAACAAGGAUUAAACUGGUAAUAUUCUUGAGUUUCAUGCUUCAUUUUUGAGGUAUAUAAUUUUGUAAUUUACUUUAUUACAAGAACCAAUUUGUCUGAUCAAAUUCAAGUUAUUCAGGGGUAAUUUAUUGAAGUUGGCAUUUCUUGUGUGAUACUUCAUUUGUACUGGGUCCAUUGGUUGCUAGUGAUAUGUGAGGCCAUGCAGAAUGAUACAAGAACUGAGUUUUAUAGAAGUUGGUCUACCAAGGAGAUUCCACCAUGGUAUGCCAUACCAAUCUUGAGUUUCUAUUGAUGUACAGAUUUUGGACUCAAAUGGAGAUAUUGGAACGGAAGUACAUUUCCAAUUGUAUCUCUUUGCUGUGAUUUGAUAACUGGUAGAUAAUGGCAAAAUAUUCUGUGUAUUUUUCUGUGAACUGGGACAUUCGCUUCUGCAAUUUCUAUCCACAUGAUAUCUCACUGCCAAGAUGUCUGGUUAUUGAAUCAACAAUGUGAACUGGAAAUUCAGUUGGAAGCUUAAGUUGGACAUAUGUUUUGCUCAUGUUUUUAGGCAAUUCAUGUGGUAGCCAUAUUAAAAAGGUAAAAUAGAAUAUAAAGAGCAAUGCAUGAUACUUGCCUUUUCAUGA